AUCUAACAUCUGACAUGAUCACAUGAUCACGUCCGAAAUUGAUCGACGUCGAGGCAGUAUCUUUCGAAUUUAAUCGUUUUUGCGUGCAAUCAUGAUUUCACAAUUAUCGAUACUCUUUGCUGUCUUCGCCGCAGUUCAUGCCAAUGGCGAAUUCGUUGUUUUUCAUUCACCAGACAGUGUAGAAUUCACUGUAAAUGAACAACUUAUUGAACAAAGUUACCUUAAGGAGAUCUUGUUGGCUUCUCUUGGUUACACUGGGAAGCAGAAGGAUUCAGAACAUAGCAUUGUCAUAUGGGAUCCAUUUUCAGUGCCCAGAGCAUUGGUUGCUAUAGUGGUUGAGGGAGUAGAAAAAUUACCUUUCUUAAAAGACAAAGCUAAAGUUACAUGUCCUCUGAUUGAUGAUGAAGCAGAAGAAAUUACUUGGCAAGCGAUUAGAAGCAGAGUGGAGGAGCGAAGCAAUGAUAAUACAUUGGUCAGGAUUAACUUGAGCGAUGGAGUUGAUGCUCUUGGCCAGUCAGCUCUCGGUGAGCUUAAGCCUACUAAAAUCGAGAAAUUAAAAGCUCUGAAUUCAGAGAUUGAGGAAGAUCGUAAAUUCGUUGAGGAGAUACAGCUUCUUCAUGCCAUUGGUGACAAUGCACUUUCUGCAAAAAAGCAUGAUUCUGGUACAGAUGUUUAUUGGCUAGUAGUAUCAACACUCAAAUCAUGUUUGGAAAUGCAUGGAAACAGUUCUGCAACUGCUAAGGAGGCAUAUCAGUUAUUAAGUAAGGAAAUAGAACAUGUUUCCAAGGCCUUUUUCAACAUUUAUGAUGGAAAGAUUGUCAUUGUAAUUUUCACGAACGAUGCUUGGAAGGUGAGGAAUGCACGGUCAGUUCUUGAGAGAAAGCGCAGAGACGACACUCCGGCCCAUAAGACUAAAAAUGUUAAAUCCACUGCCAAAGGAGCACCAAUUAAUUCAGACAUUAACGAUAAUUUUUUCAUCAAGCGAGCCGGCGAGCAAGAUGAGCAAAAUAAUAAAAUGGACGAAGAGGAGUAUAGAAUGCGUAGUACUAUCGAAUCCAACACAGCACUUGACAGCACUACUGAACGUACGGGCGUUCAGGAUAAUAGCGGAACGUCGGAAAAGUCCGACGAAGUUAAUACGGAGUAUAAGAUAAAUACUAAUACACAGACAAUAGGACAGCCUGAAUUUUCUGGACGUGCGAAGACUUACACGGAAGACUAUCCUGUUAUAUUCAACAUAAUGUUGUGGUUCGGCGUUGUUUUCGUCUUCUCACUUUUAGCCAUUUGUAUCGCUAUCGCCGAUAUGGAUCCAGGACGAGAUUCUAUCAUUUAUAGGAUGACAUCGAAUCGAAUGAAGAAAGAUAAUUAAGUGUAAAUACAUAAAUACACACACACACACACAUACACACACACAUAUAUAUAUAUAUAUAAUAUAUAAGUAACAUAAUUUUGUAAUAUAUGUUUCUGUGCAAAAUGUAGUUUGUCUAUAUAUGUAUUAUCAAUUUUAAUUCGAGUGUGUUCAAGGAAA